CCCACACCUUCCCCUCUCUUCAAUACGGCUAGCCGGCUCUGUUCCUCUACAACCGAACACGCCCCGUCCGCCAUCACCUCCUGCUUAUACUGCGCCUCCUGCUUAUCGUGCGCCGGGCGCACCUUUCUCCCCCUCUUCUUGUCCCUUCCUUCAUAAUCACCCACUUCUCCGUUCUCUCUCUUCCCCAGAUCGUUGCUUCAGACCUGGGUGGGUUCCGGAGCUGGGGCUAGGGUUAGGGUUCUGAGAUGUGGGAUGCUUCAGGCAUUGAUGAAUCUGUUCUCUCUCUGUUGGAAGCCAUUCGGGCGCGGUGCUGAUGCUAUUGGAGCUGUUGGGAGCACUUUCGGGGGUGGUGCGGGCUGUAGAGAAGGGAAAGACGGCUUGCUCUGGUUCCGAGACUUAGGCAAGUAUGGUUCCGGCGAUUCGAUGGCCGUGGUUCAGGCGAAUCACGUUCUCGAAGACCAGAGCCAGAUCGAGUCUGGUCCUCUGGGCACCUUCGUGGGCGUAUACGAUGGUCAUGGAGGACCCGAUGCAUCUCGAUAUGUUUGCGAUCACUUGUUUCGGAACUUUCAAGCAAUAGCCGCUCAGUCACAGGGAGCCGUGACUGCUGAGACUAUUCAUAGAGCAUUUCUUCAAACAGAAGAGGGAUUUACUUCUCUCGUGUCAGAAUCAUGGAAUACACAACCUCAGAUUGCAACUACUGGGACGUGUUGUCUAGUUGGAGUGAUAUUUCAGCAGACCCUCUUUGUGGCAAAUGUUGGAGAUUCCCGUGUUGUGUUGGGUAAGAAAGUUGGCAACACUGGAGGUAUUGCCGCAAUUCAGCUAUCUACUGAACAUAAUGCAAAUCUUGAUGCAAUCAGACAGGAACUGAAAGAAUUACAUCCGCAUGAUCCUCAAAUUGUUGUCCUCAAACAUGGAGUUUGGAGAGUCAAAGGCAUUAUUCAGGUUUCCAGGUCUAUAGGUGACGUAUAUAUGAAACAUGCGCAGUUCAACCGGGAACCCAUCAAUCCAAGAUUCAGACUUCCAGAGCCAAUGAACAUGCCUAUCUUGACUGCUAGUCCAACAAUUCUUUCUCAUUCUCUCCAACCCAGCGAUGCCUUCCUUAUAUUUGCAUCAGAUGGUUUAUGGGAGCACUUGAGUAAUGAAAAAGCAGUGGAUAUUGUCCAGAGCAAUCCACGGCCGGGUAGUGCCAAGAGACUUAUCAAGGCUGCCCUCCAAGAAGCGGCAAGGAAGCGAGAAAUGCGGUACUCAGACCUCCGCAAGAUUGACAAGAAGGUUCGACGCCAUUUUCACGAUGAUAUAACUGUUAUUGUUUUAUUCUUAAACCACGAUCUUAUAUCCAGAGGCAGAGUGAUAGACCCUCCACUUUCCAUUCGAAGUGCUCUUGAUCACUGACAUAUAUGAAUGUAAACAUGGUGUCUUUAAGAGUCUUAUGGGCAGCACUCUGAUAACUGUACCCGUAGCAGAAGAUACAUCAUUGCUACUCGGCUGGAAUAUAUACAAUUUGACAGUGCAUAUGGAACCUUUGGCUGCUGAUACUGAGACCACUUAUUGAUGAGGCUCGAAUUCAUAACAUAUUAGAAAUUUAAGAGGAAAAAAGAAGUAGUAAUAAUUUUUGACACUACGGACGCCCAUUAUAGUUCAUUUGAAUUUCUUGAUGACAGUCUUUGUUCAAAUUUCAUGGUGGAGCAGACUAAAUUAUUUGACAAUAAUGCUGUGGAAGUUUAGCGCAUGGUAAAGCAUCUUACGUGAUAGGAAGCUUAUGCUUUGCACAGAUUUACUUAUUUUCGUUUUUCUUGCAGCAGAAGUGAAAAUUUUAGAUAUAAUGUAUACCUUUUUUGGGGGGUUGUCUGAAGGAGAAAAUUAGAGUGUAAUUUUUUAGCUGUUGUGGAUAAACUGUUUUGUCACUCUGGAGUUAAUUUUGAGGUUGAGUUUAGGUGUUAUAAUUUU